UCGCGCAGCCAUGGCCUCAGGUGCCACUCCCGCGGCCGUGAAGAUUGGAAUAAUUGGUGGGACAGGCCUGGAUGAUCCAGAAAUCUUAGAAGGAAGAACCGAAAAAUAUGUGGACACUCCAUUUGGCAAGCCUUCUGAUGCCUUAAUUUUGGGGAAGAUAAAGAAUGUUGAUUGCGUCCUCCUUGCAAGGCAUGGGAGGCAGCAUACCAUCAUGCCUUCGAAAGUCAACUAUCAGGCGAACAUCUGGGCUCUGAAGGAGGAGGGCUGUACACAUGUCAUAGUGACCACAGCUUGCGGUUCCUUGAAGGAAGAGAUUCAGCCUGGCGAUAUCAUCAUUAUUGAUCAGUUCAUUGACAGGACUACCAGAAGGCUUCAGACCUUCUACGACGGAAAUCAUUCCUGUGCCAGAGGAGUGUGUCAUAUUCCAAUGGCUGAGCCGUUCUGCCCUAAAACAAGAGAGGUCCUCAUAGACACCGCUAAGAAGCUAGGACUCCGGUGCCACUCAAAAGGGACAAUGAUCACAAUUGAGGGACCUCGUUUUAGCUCCCGGGCAGAAAGUGUCAUGUUCCAAACCUGGGGUGCGGAUGUUAUCAACAUGACCACAGUUCCAGAGGUGAUUCUUGCUAAGGAGGCUGGAAUUUGCUACGCAAGUAUCGCCAUGGCAACAGAUUAUGAUUGCUGGAAGGAGCAUGAGGAAGUAGUUUCUGUGGACCGGGUCUUAAAGACCCUGAAAGAAAAUGCCAAUAAAGCCAAAAGUUUACUUCUCACUACCAUACCUCAGAUAGGAUCCACGGAAUGGUCAGAAACCCUCCAUAACAUUAGGAAAAUGGCCCAGUUUUCUGUUAUGUUACCAAGACAUUAAAAUAGCAUGGCUGCCCAGAAGACAAGGUAACCUUCUAACUCCAAUCAUUUGGGGAAUUCCUGCUUGAGAAAACACAGAAGAGAUAUGCAGCUUCUGUGCCCUUGCCCCCUAAGGAAGAACAAGUGAUAAGACAAGACAUUGCUCACAUCAGAGAUGCCUUCUAAAAGACUUGGACUGCUUCAAAUAACAGAAGGAAAGCAAAUAACCAGAAAACGUGGGGAAAUAUUUACACAUUAGAAAAAAAGAAGACACCUUUCACCAUUCCCCCAAAUUUGUAACAGUAAAGGU